UAGAAGUGGAAGACCAUAAGGUAUUGGGAAUGUGCCUCUCUCUGGUAUCAGUGUAAAAGUGUAAGGUACAGGAUAGCGUGGAUUUAAACAUUUUCCUAAUGGUAAAAUUCAAAAAAAGUGUCAAAGAAAAUUAUCAUGGUGCCUCGAUGGUUAUUGGUCAGGAAGUACGUUGGUCUUCUUUGGAUAUUGAUGUUCGUAGUAUCAUUGUAUAUUAUCCUCGUUAAGACGGUUACCUCAAGCUCAAUGAAAGAUCAAAGUUUAGAUAAAUUGUGCCAAACAAAUUGUGGCAACAGUGUUGGCGAUACCAAUGUAAAAAUUCGAAACCAGAAGAAAACCAGUUGCGUUAAGAAGGUUUUAAUAUGGUGGAAGACUGAACUUGCUCGUAAAAAUUAUGGAUACGGAGGUACAGAAGGAUUGAUAACUUGUCCUAAUUUGGAUUGUUCUGUCCAUACAACGUAUGCAGAAAAUUAUUCAAUGCUGGUUGACUCAGAUGUUGUAAUAUUCCACACUGGUUAUUAUACCGAUCCCGCAAACUAUGGUUUGUUCCAGUCCAAACGAUUUCCCGCCCAAAUUUGGAUAUGGCAGGCAUGGGAAAGUCAAAUUCGAGUUUUGCAUUUUAUGAAAAAACCGCCAGUUUGGUUUCAUUUUAAUAUGACGAUGUCAUUUAGCUCGGAUACUGAUAUCCGUGUACCGUAUGGCUCGUAUGUACCUUUUGAACGGCCUAAACAACUACCCAGUAAUGUGCCACAGAUCGACUGGUCACAGGGAAAAACAAGAUUAAUCGCCUGGGUUGCAAAAAACUGUCAGAGCACAACGUGGGCCAGAUUUAAGUUUGUCAAACUUCUACAAACUCGUCUACCUAUUGAUAUAUACGGGCGGUGUGGCAAUUUAUCUUGUCCUGGUUGGAAAGUACCAUGUGAAGCUACGAAAAAUUAUAAAUUCAUUCUUGCUUUGGAGAAUAGCGAGUGUCGUGAUUACAUUACAGAAAAGUUUUGGUGGUGGCCAUUUUCAAAUCUAAACAUUGUUCCGAUCGUUUUUGGACCAUCAAAAAAAGACUAUCAAAAAGUAGCACCCCCAAACUCUUUUAUUCAUAUAUCAGAUUUUGAUACCCUGGACCAGUUUGUAGCAUACAUUAAUCUUCUGGAUAAUAACAAACACCUUUAUAAUGCAUUUUUUGAAUGGAAAAAGAUGGGGCACGUUGUUAAGAAUUUUGAUUAUUUCUCACCGUCGCGUAUAUGUUCUAUAUUCAACGUCCAGCCGCCAAAGCGUCCACAUAAUAUCCAUGAAGAAUGGUGGAAAGGUACUUGUAAAGAGCGUAAAAAAUGGCAUCCAUUUAUCAAUAAUAAGAAAAUGAAAUCUGCAAAAGUCUGACUUCAAUUUGCUAGAAACGCAAUGGCGACUAUGUUUUAAUGUGAAUGGUCUUCGGUACAACAUGCAGUGCAAUCAAUGUAAACUUAAAAAAGAGCAAAUUUUAAGGUUUUUAAACAACACCUUAAUAAAUGUUACAUUGUUCAAAAUAGUUUUUUAAUAGUCAUUAAGUUAUCUUUGUGCAUUUUAGUCUCUGGGCACCUAGCUGUAGAGAUGUGUAGUUAUCUUUACUCAUGUCCAAUUGUUGUAAGGGAAAGGUACACUUUAAAUUUCAUCUUUCACUAAAACUCUGUUCCAUUUUUAGUAUAAAAUAUGGAUCCCUUGUACAAUAUGGACUCUCAUUACUUUUUAUGAUCUAUAUCCGAGUAUAAGAUUCAAUGCAUUAUUUACCACCGUACGCUUGAAGAUUCUCGGGUUUCUUACCUCCAGUCUAAGAUCGACGGAUGUGGACAUGAUCAGAGAGCUCUGUUCAAACUUGCCAAUAAGCUACUUGGUAGGACAACCGUGGCAAAUUUACCACCAUCAUCCAGUAAGCUUCAGUUGGCUACUGACUUUAACACAUUUUUUGUUGAUAAAAUCAAACGUCUGCGUCAGAGUAUCUCUAUCAAAUCUGAAGUUUCAUCUUUCACGGCCGCAUC